GGCAGGUAAAGGUAAGCAGCUCCGUCUCGCCUACCACUCAAGGAAGCUGAGCCAGCUUUUGUUAACUUUUUUAUUUCUUCGUUUUGACCCAGCUGUGCGAAAAGAAAGGAGAAAAUGGUGACACAAGAGCAGGAGUCACCCAACCGGCCUGACAACACCGCCUUCACGCAGCAGCGGCUUCCUGCCUGGCAGCCCAUGCUGUCUGCGGGGAUCGUCAUCCCGGGGUUCGUGCUCAUCGGCCUGGCCUUCAUCGGGAUUGGAGUCGCCCUGUUUGUCACUUCACAGAACACCCAGGUGUUGGAGAUGGACUAUACCGGGGUUGACAACGGCUCCCCUUGCUCCAAGUGCAUUAUUCCAGGUGUCAGGAACUGCGUGUGCAAGUUGACCUUCUCCAUUGACAGUCUUUUUAAGGGGCCUGUGUUCUUUUAUUAUGGCUUAUCCAACUAUUUCCAGAACUACAGGAGGUAUGGCGUGUCCAAAGAUGAUAACCAACUUUCUGGAGACCUGGAUUAUUUUGAAACUCCCAGUGACACUUGUUCACCCUAUGAGUAUGAAAACAACAAACCAAUUGUACCAUGUGGAUCAGUUGCAAACAGUAUGUUCAACGAUACCUUUAAGCUCUAUCGGCUUGUCAGUGGAAGAGAGCAGCUGGUACCUUUUGAUGGAAAAGGGAUUGCUUGGUGGACAGAUUACAACAUCAAAUACAGGAAUCCCAGUGUCACACCUCUUAAAAAUGCAUUCAAUGGUACAACAAAACCUACAUUUUGGUCUAAGCCUGCUUACGAACUGGACACCUCAGACCCCUCAAACAAUGGCUUUGUCAAUCAAGACUUCCUGGUGUGGAUGCGGAGGGCUGCCCUGCCCAAUUUCAGAAAGCUGUAUCGGCGAAUCACAGGAGAUGGAUAUGAGGAAGGUCUUCCAGCUGGAAACUAUUCUCUGCAAAUUUCUUACAACUAUCCUGUGCACGACUUUGAUGGAAGAAAGAAAGUGGUGUUCAGCAACGUGUCUUGGAUGGGUGGAAAGAACGACUUCCUGGGGAUCGCCUACCUCGUAGUGGGUUCUAUGUGCAUCGCCAUGUCCAUAGUCAUGCUCAUUGUGUAUGCUAAAUUUAGGUUCCCUGAAGAAGAAUAACUGGCUGAAAAUUGACUAUAGUUGUCUGGGGGCUUAGUAAUCACAUUUGCAAGGUUUAUUUUAAUUCGUAUUUAAAGAGAGUGAAGGGCUGUUUUUGUUUUGUGCUCUUAUGAAAGAAUCCACUUCCCUUAUUCUGAAUGAAUCAUUUUACUGUGCAUGACUUCCGGGUGGAGUUCAAAAAUGACAUCUGUGACAUUAAGUUUUCUCACAGGAAAUGUCUGUUAUAUUAGUUCUGCUAGUUUCUUUUAAAAGAGAUAUAGCUGUUUCUUGAUGUUAGGUCAGUGAUAUUCAGACUGUUAAACACCAAAAAGCUAUUUAAUGCAAGAAAAAUUGUUACAUUUGACUUGUGCAUGGGAUUUGUAACUUCAUCUAUGAAAUCAACAAUGUAAAAAAUGUUUAUAUCAAUCUAACUCAGGGAUGUAGUGUACAGACUAUUCAUCGUUUUAACUUGAAGGUUGUUGGUUUUUGUUUUUUUUUAACUAUAACUGUUCUUUGAAUUGAACUUUUUACUUUCUGUAGAUAUUUAUUUAAUAAAACAAAACCA